AUGUCCCAAGCGCAUAAAGCAACAAUUGAAAAAUUUACUUCAGCAGUGAAUGCUCGUCAUGUAAAUCAUCUUAAUGAAGUUCUCGCAGAAAAUGUUGAAAAAAUUGAAAAUCAUAAAGUUGUUUAUAAUAAUAUAAAAGAAGCUCGAGAAUAUUAUUCAAUGGAACAUGAGGCUCAUCCAUCUAUUAAUUAUAAAAUUCUUAAAUUUGAUGAUCAAGAUGAACAUAAUCAUACAUUAAAAGCUACAAUUGUUUAUAACAAUCAUCAAUAUGAAACAAUAUAUACUUUUUCAUCAGAUGGAAAAAUUCAAAAAAUAAACUCACUACUUAUUCAACAAGAUAACUAA